AUGUCACGACGACGCUGUACCGACGACGACAUUGUCGACGGCCUGUUGGGCGCCGCGGGCCGCCUUUGCGAAGAACCGCGCUUACGGGCCCUGUGCGUGGACGCUCGGCGGGCGUUCCUCCGGCAACCCAUGCUGCUGCGGCUGCGGGCCCCUAUCAAAGUGGUCGGCGACUUACACGGCCAGUUCGGUGAUCUGCUUCGGGUGUUCGAAGUGGCCGGCCGGCCGCCGGCCGCCGACUUCCUGUUCCUGGGCGAUUUCGUAGACCGCGGCCCUCAGUCCGUCGAAGUGAUCACUCUACUGCUGGCGCUCAAGACUCGGUACCCGGAAAACGUUCACCUGCUCCGAGGGAACCACGAGUGCCGUACCGUGAACGUCCGGUACGGGUUCUACGGCGAGUGCCGGUCCCGGUACGGCCUGCUCACGGGCGCACGGCUGUGGCGAGCGUUCAACCGGACGUUCGACUGCAUGCCUGUGGCCGCGGUCAUCGGCGGUCUAAUAUUCUGCACGCACGGCGGCCUCAGCCCGGAUCUGCACCACAUGGCUCAGAUCGACCGGAUCCGGAGGCCCGCCACGGUGCCCAGGCGCGGUGUGCUGUGCGACCUGCUGUGGUCCGAUCCGGCCACGGGCCCGAUCCAAGGCUGGCGCAAGAACGUUCGCCGGAACGUGUCGUACGUGUUCGGCGCCGACCGGGUGGCCGAUUUCCUGUCCAGAUUCCGGUUCCAGUUGGUGGUCAGGGCUCAUCAGUGCGUGGAGGGAGGUUACCAAUUUUUCGCGGGCCGCAAGCUGGUGACCGUGUUCAGCGCACCCGAUUACAAUGGAUACGGUUUGCCGGGCGCCGUCAUGUCUGUGAACAAACACGUAGAGUGCAGUUUCCAGCUGAUACCGGUUGCAGGAGCAGCGCAGAACAAACGUUGGAUUGCAGGACGGAGGACGGCCAGCAAAAUACCAAAAUAAUCCCGUUGAACUUGAAGUGCGAAGGCGAUUUUUUUAAGAUGUUCAUAUUAUAUAGCACGCUAACCAGCAUGAGAUAUCAGAAUCCUUAAUUUUUAAAUUUUUUACAGCAGGUGAACACUGCAAGAUAUAUCACGCGUGAUAUCGAAAACUACGAAAGAAAGAAAAUUAAUAUAUUUUUUAGAAAAUCUAAUAAACUUUUUAACAUACAUUGUCGCUUGCUGCAUAUAAUAAUAUGUACAUCGGAAUCCUAAUUAAAAGGAUUUUCGUUAUUAUUAAAUCCAUAAUAUACUAUCGUGCAGCGCGGAAAAAGGACGGC